UUUCAGCCCUAAAAUAUACGGCAGUCAACAACAUCCGUGCACUUAUUCACAACAAUUUCUCGGCUCUGCUGGAGAAAGAGGAGAUAGGGAAGGGACAGGAAUCGGAAUUGGCAUUUUAAAACCAAAUUUUGUUUAUCCAGCGUCUGCGACUAAUCAGCAUAAGCAAGAGCAGAAUAUUACUGGCGACGGCGAAGUUUCCUCGCACUGGGCAGCUUUCAAAAUGAUAAUGGCUGAACGAGCAGCCCAGUGUUUAGCAAAACUUGGUUUGGACACUGUCACAACUGCAGCUACUUCCGCUACAAAUAUUCUGCAUCCGCAAAUAAGUCAACCACAAAAUACAAUUAUUACGACGGAUUCGACUGCGAUAGUUUCUGCAACACCGAAUGACUUGGUGACCACAUCUGGACAUCAUCGAAGGUCUCGUAGUUUGCGCGAACGCACAGGUGUUGAUCAGCGUCUGGAGCGGUUACCUAGUGGACCCGUAACAGUACAGAAAUUUACACCACAUACAGUCAUUCCAGGAAGUAAUAUUGAAAAAAGUAGACCCGUACUUAUUCAUAAUUUCGCCGAACAUGUACGAUUGAUGUCAGCUGAUUCAGAUUUCCGAUUUUCUGAAGAAUACGAAGAUCUGAAAUUGGUAGGACAUGGACAAACAUGUAUAGCAGCGGACUUAACAGUGAACCGAGCAAAAAAUCGUUUCACCAACAUAUUGCCAUACGACCAUUCUCGUGUAAAGCUUAUACCAACUGAUGAUGACGAUGGUUCAGAUUACGUCAAUGCAUCUUACAUUCCUGGAUUCAAUUCACGUCGCGAAUUCAUCGCCGCACAGGGACCUCUUCCUUCGACACGUGAUCAUUUUUGGCGAGUUGUUUGGGAACAACAUUGUCCGGCAAUAGUUGCUCUGACGAAAUGUGUUGAGAAAGGACGUGACAAAUGCCAUCAGUAUUGGCCAGAUAACGAUCAGCUCAGCGUCCUUUACGCUGAUAUUGAGGUGACAUUAAUGAACGAAACAGUGUACGAGGAGUUCACAGUACGUGAACUUAGGUUAACAAACAUGAGCGAACCAUUGGCACCUCCUCGAACAGUGAAACAUUUACAUUAUAUGGCAUGGCCUGAUUUUGGUGUUCCUGAAUAUGCUAUUGGUUUAGUGCAUUUUGUUCGUCUUUUUCGAACUCGACUACCACCUUCACCUAACAAUAAACCGACUAUUGUGCAUUGCAGUGCUGGUGUUGGUCGAAGUGGUACGUUCAUAGCGCUGGAUCGCCUGAUACAGUGUGUUGCAAAAAGUUUACCACUCGAUGUUUUUGGCAUUGUUUAUGAGAUGAGACUCGAUCGUUGUCAUAUGGUACAAAAUGAGCAGCAAUAUAUAUUCAUCCAUCAUUGCUUGCUCUAUGUUCUGGAAGCGGAAUAUGAUACGGCUAAAAAUUUGAUUGGUAACAAUUCAUCGCAAACUGGAAAUGACGAGAAGACAAUAACUUCGACUUUUCUCAGUGACAACGGUAUUAUCGGCUUUCCAAAUAGUAUCAUCAGUGGUAGCGAUGUCCAAAUAAUAAGCAUUAAUGGAGGUACCACAUUUAUUGGAACUGCAUCGCAACAUCAACCCAGUACUACAUGGAUUACCACCCCUCGCGUUGAAGUACAUCUGAAUCCAGCAUUCGAUGAUGAUGAAGGUAUCGCUGAAUCUGGCUUGUAACAGUUUUCCACUCAUUUUAAUAU